CUAAUUGCAUUUCUCAGCACAGCAUUUGGAAAACUUACUAGCAGAAGGAAGCAGAGUUAAACUGAGAGAAGUGUGGAGUGAGGGGUGGUGACUGUAUCUGGACAAAGAGCCUGGGGCACUCUCCCAGAGUCUGGCAUUCAUCAGACACACAGCAGACACUGCAGGCUGCAAGAAAGCACCAUAUCUACUGCCAUGACAAUAAUACAAGGAAAUGAGCAAACCAGAGCAGAUGCUGGCCCUGCCCUGUCCCAACCAGGACAGCAAGCCAAUCUAAACUCAUAUAUGUGGAAAGGGUUGGCAGAGAAGUUCCUGAAAGGGGAACCCAAAGUCCUUGGAGUUGUACAGAUUAUGAUUGCUGUGAUGACCAUGAGUGUUGGAGUAACAAUGUUGAGUGCCACAUUGCCGUAUAGGGGGCCACAUCCCAUUUCAGUGUACACAUUUUACACAAUUUGGGGGUCAGUCAUGUUUAUUUUGUCAGGAUCCUUCUCAGUUGCAGCAGGAACUAGAACUACAAAAGGUCUGGUACAAGGCAGCCUAGGAUUGAACAUCACCAGCUCUGUCUUGGCUGUAUUUGGGAUCAUAAUCAGUGCAACAAGCUUGAGUAUUUAUUCAUUCCAUCAUCCUUACUGUAACUAUAUUAUAGGACGUGAUAGUUGCUUCAUGACCAUUUCCAUUUUACUGGGUAUGGAUAGUAUUGCCCUCCUUUUAAGUGUGCUGGAGUUCUGCAUUGCUGUGUCCCUCUCUGCCUUUGGAUGCAAAGUAACCUGUUGUAAUCCUGGUGGGGUUGUGCUCAUUAUGCCGACAAACUCACAUGGAGCAGAAGUGGUUCCCCCUGCACCAUUUAAAGAAGAUUUAGCACCAACAAUAGAUCAACAGAAAAAUGUUCCAAACUAUCUACCCUGACUGUAAUGCAUGAAUCCUACUUGGGAAAGUAUUAGAGUCUAACUUAGAUAUGUAUGUAAAAUAAAUUCAGAAUCAUGUUCUCCUUUUUCCCAAACUACUCAAUGAUUCAAUUUGCUGACUCUCUAACAGAAUAUCAGAAGUUGAAUAAGCAAAUCAUACACUUUAAUGGGUCAGCAGAAAUUGAAAGUAAAAAAAAAAUCUCUUUAAGGCAGUAUAAAAGAGCAUUCAUUGUAUUUUCAAAAAAGAGUUGGCAGGGCAAAGGCAAAAAGGUAUUGCCGAGAUGAGGUCUAGUGGACUAUACUUUAUUAGUAGUAUUCAGAAAUGCAAUUCAUUUUAACAUACUGACCAUUUUUAUGGAAUCCUUUUUUCCUUAUCCACAUUUUCAUCAACUAUCUUUUUCUUUUAACUUGAAGAACUUUAACAUUCAUUGUUUUGAAAUUUUUCUGGCAUUACAUUGUUUCAGAUUGUUUUGCUUGUUGUCUGAAUUCAUUUUAAUUUUACUUUGAUUUUUGAUGUAUAUUUUCACAGGAUAUGGGUCCUUGAUUAAACUUUUUUUAUCUUUAAUGAUGUCUUUUUGUGCAGUUAUUGUUAUCUUUGUUCUCUAAAGUAUACUUUGUCUCACUUAAAAACUUUUUUGUUUACCAUGCAUUUUUAGUGAUUUCUCUGUGAAAUUCUUUAGUGUAGUUUACUUUUCUUCAUCCAGCUUGAGGUUAAUUGGGAUACUUUUAAUGUGAGUUUACACUUUUUAUCAAGUUUGUAAAUUUCAACCAUUUCUUCAAAUAAUUUCCAACUCCGUGAACUUCUGUUUUUCUUGGACUUUGAUUAUACUUUAGACCACUUUA